UACUUCCGCCCAAGGAGAAGGCUUGCUGUUCGAUCGCGAUUUUUAGCAUUUGUUGAUCGCGAACAUAGAGAGUGAUGGAGGCCGACGGGAUCGUAGUGGUCGGCGUCGGCUGUCGGUUUCCUGGCGCUGACAAUCUUGACGAGUUUUGGCGAGUGCUUCAAAACGGUGAAAACCACGUGAUUGAGGUUCCACCGGACCGCUGGAACGCUGACCAUUAUUAUGACCCAGACAAAAAUGCACCUGGCAAGAUGUAUGUGCGACAAGCAGGAUUCAUUCCCGGAUUUGAGGAAUGGGAUAAUGGUUAUUUCGGAAUAUCGGACGAAGAAGCUAUCACCAUGGAGCCCCAACAACGGAUUGUCCUGCAGUGUGUUGACAUGGCCGCACAGGACGGAGGCUUCACUAGACUUGACUUGCAGAAGGGAACUACUGGCGUAUACAUAGGGUCAAUGACUCACGACUACAACAUACAAGGCACGGACGAUGUGCUUGCACUCGGCACAUAUUCCGUUACUGGAAGUCACUCCAGCAUCAUCAGUGCGCGGGUGUCGUAUGUAUAUAACCUGACUGGCCCGGCACUGACCAUUGACACUGCGUGUUCCUCAUCCCUUGAGGCAAUUCACCUAGGAUCACAGGCUCUACUUACAGGCGAUUGCGACACAGCUAUCUGUGGUGGUGUGAACUAUUUGUUGGAGCCUAAUCUGUUCGUGGCUUUGAGCAAGGCCCGGAUGCUGUCGCCAAGUGGGCAGUGCAAGGCGUUCACGAGAGAGGCAGACGGCUAUGUGAGAGGCGAAGGGUGUGGCAUCGUCAUCCUCAAACGUCUGCAAGAUGCUCAGCGUGACGGCAACAAAAUAUGGGGCAUGGUAAUGUCAGGUACCAACCAGGAUGGGCAACAUGCGCAGCCAAUUACGAAACCUGCCCAAGAUCAGCAGCAAAAGUUGAUCAAACAAAUAAUCACAAAGUUCCAUAUAGAUAAGAGCAAGAUUCAAGUUAUAGAAGCACACGGUACGGGCACUCCAGUUGGAGAUCCGGUAGAAUGCAACGCGCUGGGAACGGUACUUGGUUCCGAUGAUCACAGAAAAUUCAUUGGAUCAGUGAAGACAAACAUUGGUCACUUGGAAGCCGCUGCAGGAGUAGCCGGUCUAAUCAAAGUUCUGCUGAUGAUGAAACACAGAAUCGUUGUACCCUCUUUAUGGUACAGACCAGACAAUGAAAAUCCAAAAUUACGGCUCAGCGAACAUGGCUUCGUGGUACCAACAAAAUGCGAAGAGUGGAUUCCAGAAGACAAUUAUGAAAGACUAGCAUGUGUGAAUAGCUUUGGUUUUGGUGGGACGAACGUCCAUGUUGUCGUUCGCGAAAUCAUAUCUGAUGCCAACAGCAUCAAGACUUUUGUCAGCAUCCUUCCUCCUAUCGUUGCUAUAACCGCUCGAGACCAUAAUACCGUGCGUUUGAACGUUCAGCAUCUGUUACGGAAACUUCAGACAAAGGAAGUAGACAUGCAAUCACUUUCCUAUACGACUACUUGCAGAAGAGAUAUUUUUCAGUGUCGUGAAGCCUUCUUGGCUGUGGAUCAAGCAAAGCUGGUGAAAAGAUUAAAACAGUAUCUUGAAAGAAAACGUAUUUCCGACGUAUCAAGCGGGAAACCAAAAGUUGUAUAUGUUUUCUGUGGAGUAGGCACUGUAUGGCAAGACAUGGGAUAUUCACUUCUAGAAGAUGCAUCUUUCCGUAAUGAGUUAGAAGACAUCGACCAUUACCUAACACCAAUGACCGGAUGGUCGAUAAAAACUAAGUUUUUGGAAAAGUCAGCCGAAUUCCUGUCUGACCCUUGCGUGUCCCACAUCGCCAUAUUCUGCUACCAAGUUGCCUUGGCUGCCAUCUGGACGCGUUUUGGUGUAACGCCAGACGCCGUGAUUGGCCAAUCAGUUGGCGAAGUUGCUGCAGCCUACGUUGCCGGCUUUCUCAAUUUGGCUUCGGCCGUCCAGGUGAUAUAUCAACGAUCAAAGCAUUUGGCGUCCGUUACUACUGGAAAAAUGAUUGUGGUGCGAAAUCUAGAUAUAAACACCAUAGAAAAGCAUUGUCAAGAGACCAAAGACAUAGAAAUUGCUGUAUUUAACAGCAAAAAAUCGUUUACACUUUCUGGAUGUGAAAAUGUGAUUGCACAAUUUGUUGAACAGAUCCCAAACAUUUGCCCAGACGCUGUUGUCACUCCAAUUACUGCUUCAUGUGCAUACCAUAGCAGUUACGUAGAUUUUGCAGCGAAGAUGGUGCAAACCACUGUAGGUAAACUUGAAUCUCAACAGAAAACCAUUCCUAUGAUUUCCACCGUAACCUGUGAAGCAGUAAGCAAAGAACUUAUUUGCUCUCCUGAAUACUGGCAACGAAAUGUACGACAGCCUGUACGAUUCGCAGAUUCCGUGGUUAACAUUUCAGACCCCAGUCGCAAAACUGUUUAUCUAGAGAUCGGACCUAGACCUGUACUUGGACCGCAUCUCAAUAAUAUAUUUACAGAAGAAAAAACAGCAAUAUGCGUUCCAAGCAUUUUAAAGAACCAAGAGUCAUCUGCCUUAGGAAAUGCAGUAUGUCAGUUAUUUAAUUAUGGGGUUGAUUUUAUAUGGAACAAGUUAAUACCAAAAAGUAAAUGUUUGAGCGAUUUACAGUUUCCUCAAAGAAGAAGAAACGAACUCCUGCGUGUCUGGAAAACUACGCUUCGAACACAAGGCAGAGACAUUGAAAGAGAAUUACACCCGUUUGUGGUCCCCAGCAAAUUUGGAAAUGACAGUUGGCAUGUUCACUUAAUGCAAGCGUCCACCUUGUUCUUGACUGAGCAUCUCGUGAGAGGCCAAAUCGUUGUUCCCGGUGCAUUCUUUUCUGAAAUUGCUUUUGAAAUCGGGAAAACGUUUUUUGGAAAGAACCACUCAUUGAAAUAUAUCGAUGUUUCUCUUGAGUUUGUUAGACAAGUGAAAGUGGAGAAAAGCAAUCGCGACCCUCUAGUAGUUUCCAUCAAAGCAUACGCGCCAAAGGAGGUGUUUUUUCAUAUAAAUUUCGGUCAAAACGUUGUUUGCAAAGGAUGGACAAGGCCCGUUGAAAUCAGCGCAGAGAAAAUCCUUGACGUUGAAAAAAUGAAGCUUAGCUUUGUUGGACAUAAAGUAAAUGCUUUGUCAAGGGAUGAACUUUAUGAUCGAUUAAAAGCGUUUGGUUUUGAAUAUGGAAGUGAUUUUCGACUUCUUAUAGGUUCUUUAGUUACAAGCCAGAAGUCAAUUUCGACAAUAAAGUUGACUGACAAUGUCCAAAAGCAAUCAGGAAACUUGACACUUCAUCCAUGUUUGAUCGACGCAAUGCUUCAAUCCACAAUAAGCAUGGCAACUGAUGAAUUAUUGCAAGCAUUUACAACAGAAAAGCUGUUUUUUCUACCAGUUUCAGUGGGGUCGAUCAAAGUUUACAGAAAACCAGAGACGACAAUGACGGUAUUUUCAUACAUAUCCAACACGACAAUACUGGAAACAGUUCGACAGCUUCACUAUAAUAUUGUCUUGACCGAUCAAAAAGGCAACACAAUAGCGGAGAUUCUAAACUAUACAACAUUUAGCAAACGAGGAGCAGCAAGUGUCCCAGCUGAGCUACGCUAUCACAUAGAGUGGCAUGCGGAGUCAUCUAAACAUUUUGGCCAUAAGAAUCCGCGUGUGAAGAAAAUGAUUUUAUUCUGUAGCAACAGUCACAACUCUAUGGUCAAGAAAAAUCUAGAAGAGCGAGGUCAUACGUUCAAAGAACUGACUGCUAAAGAACCUAUUGCAUUGCAGUUGAAAAAUGCCAAGAUGAACGAGUUUGAUGCUGUGGUAAUACUGUUUUACAAACCGUCGCAUGUAGAUUCGCCAAUGUCACUGGAGGGCAAACAAUUGUAUAACAUGAUGAUUGAAAAUUGUAUGAACGUGACGGAAGUAAUAAAAUACUGGCACGAGCUUAACCCUAUUCCUAUAUACAUUGUUACUGAAAACACACAGUCUUCAAUGCUUUCUUCCCCGUGUGAGAUAAACGUAGUUGGUGCAGAACUGUGGGGGUUUGUUCGUUCCUUAAAUGUCGAAUCAGCACUCUAUUACAUAACUAUGAUUGAUACUCAGCCGUCUAUAAUAGACGUGCUUGACCGGGUCGUUAACUUUAUUGAGGACGCAUCAGAAGGUGAUCUUGGCCAUGACACAAUUGUAACACCAGAAACACUGAUGUGUGCACAUUUUUCUCGAAUCCCUCGUAAGCUUAUGACACCUGGUUUUCGCGACUUCGCAACUUCAUCAAUUGUGAAAAAUGAUCCUUUAGCUUUACAGUCAACCGGGCCUGACAUGUAUCUGAGAAAGGAUGGACAAACGCCAUCGCCACCAAAUGACACGUUUGCGUUUUUGGAGGUUCAGACAGCGAUCACUUUUCUGUUCGAUCAGAACAAACAAACGGCUUGCAGAGACUUUGCAAACGAUCCAUAUACGUUGAUAGCACUAGAACAUAUUGGAAGUGUAUCUACAGAUGAAAGCAAGUUUAUGAAGUACGUUGCAUUGUUUUCGUCAAAUGUUCAAACACGAUUGCAUGUUCCAAAGAAAUGUCUUGUCAAAGUGGAUGAUUUGUGCUACUUCAAACCAGGGCUUCUUACGCUCGUUAUGCUGUUCGGCAGAUUUGCCGAUAUAAUCAAAGGUGCAUCAUCGGUUGCUGUUUUUUGUUAUGAUCAGCCUGAGUGGCCACACUUUUUAUUGAGGGAAAUUUUAUCAUCUUCAACUUCAGGUAAAGUAAGCUUUGUUAGACAAAACGACCAUGCCAAGGUUGAUUGCUUGGUAACGUAUGAGCGAAUUGGAGAGCGAGUUCCAUUAGUCCCAUCGAUCUGCAGGAAACUAGUGUGCUUUAAAGAAAACCUUACACCUGGAGAACGAAGAGCGUUGAAGACCUGUCAUGAAUUCACAUUGACAUAUGUAGAGUUAACAAAAAUAUUUACAGUGGAACACAUAGCAGAAAAUUUAAUUAAUACCGUUGAAUGGAUCAAUAACAGUUAUCCAAUGGUACGUGAAGUCUAUGAAAAACAUCCGCUUUUGCGUACACAACUGUCGGAGAUACAAUUAGUUGACGAUCUAAACUCAUGUUACCUUUAUCCCCAGAAGAAAUCUCUCGCUUGCCUUUUUGACAAACAGAGCGUCUAUGUUAUAACAGGCGGGCUCACUGGACUUGGUUGGGAAAUGACCAAACUAUUGACUGAAAUGGGUGCUGGAACAAUUGUUUCAAUCACAAGAAGUCAUGCCUCUGAAGAUCAGAUGGCGGAAAGGCGGGGACUAGAGAAGAAAUAUAAUUGUUCCGUUUUGUCUGUGGUUGCUGACGUAUCGAUAUUAUCUGACCUUCAAACAGCAUUCUUGGAAAUCGACAACUUGACGAAGCCAGCACCAAUUAAAGGAAUAUUUCACGGUGCAGGUGUAGUAGAUGGUAGAUCAUUGAUUAACAUCCACAAGAACAAUUUUGAAAACGUGUUUCGACCGAAAGCUCUAGGGUUGCUUAAUCUACAUGAAGUAACAAAACAGAUGCAGCUGGACUAUUUUGUCGUCGCAUCAUCUAUCAGUGCCUAUGUCGGAAUGAUUGGCCAGGGCAGCUAUGGAGCAGCUAAUUGCUUUAUGGAUGCGUUCAUGGCAUGGCGAAGACAGCAGAAACUUCCUGGACAAACCAUCAAUUGGGGAGCGCUAGCGGUCGGCAUGGCCGCCAGAAGCAAAAUAAGGGAAACUUUUGAAAGCAGAGGCUACCUAUUGAUGUCAGUUGCAGAAAUACGAAGCUGUUUUCAAGAAGCUUUGCUCCAAAAUUCUACUGGAACUAUUUAUGCUCUUGUAAAUUGGGAAAAGGCUGCUAAAGAUCUGAUCAAUUCUCCCAAAACGCCAUUCCAAAUUACUACGCUGAUUAACGAGACUGCUCCAUUAGUGCUCGCUCACAAAGAUCAGGAAGACAACAUUACAUUCUCAAAACUGGAUAAGGAAGCUUUGUCUAGCGCAUCUUUAGCAGAGCAACUAGGAACACUGGAGGUUCUUGUUACUGAAGUUGUAAAACGCGUGAUGGGCCAAGCUGUAGAAAAUUUGAACGAAUCGUUUGUGAACCUCGGUUUCGAUUCCAUGAGUCAGCAACAGAUGAUAAACAUUCUAGACGACUUCACGAGUGUUCGGUUACCAGACACGCAUUUGAUAGAUGAAACGGAUACGGUGAAGAAAGUUAUAGAAUACCUGCAUAAACAGAUGUUUUGUUGAGUGACGCAAAUCAUAGAAUACCUGAAUACACAGAUGUUUGGUUGAGUGACGCAAGCGAUAGAAUACCUUCAUAAACAGUUUAUUGAGUGACAAGAGUGAUUAAAUACAUGCAAAAAAAACUAAACAGAUAUUUGACUGAGUUAAAAAAAACUCUAGACUAUUGCAUAAACAUAUGUUCGGCUGAAUGAAGAAAUUGAAAGACUUUGUGCAUAAAAAGAUGAAUGGCUAAGUAAAGGAAAUAAUUAAUUACGUGCGCAAACAUAUGUUUUACUGAGUAAUGACAGUUAUACAUUACGUUCAUAAACAUAAGUUUGACUUUGCGAAGACAGUUAUACACUACAAGAAUAAACAAAUGUUCACUUAGUGUAGAAAAUUACAAAAAUAUCUGCAUUACCAGAUGUUGAGUUGAGUGAAGAAAGCCAUAGAAUACCUGCACACGUUUGACUGUUUGAAGAAAGUUAAAUUAUGUACACAUUUGCAUUUAACAUGUAUUAACCGAUAUUCGUCUGAGUGCACAAAAGUAUAUGCAAAUUAUCUAAAAUAUUCAACAUUUGUGAUUCAAAUUACAACCUUAUUAGAUGUUCGACUGAGUGAAUAACGUAUUGUACAUAUAAUCUUAAUGACUGUUCAUAUAAUAUGAAAAACCCUGAAUGAUUGCAAAUAACAUCAAUUGUAAUAUUGCUGAGUGAAUCAUGUUAUCUACAAAUAACUUUAAAAGAUGUUGUAUGAGUGAAUAAGGCUAUAUGCAAAUAACCUAAAUAGAUGUUGACUGAGUGAAUAAUUGUAUAUAGAAAAAAAGAUGUUCGCUCAUUGAAUAACGUUCUAUACCAAUAACCUUAAUAGAUGUUGGCUUAGUGAAUAACGUUCUAUACCAAUAACAUAAAAUAAUGUUUGGCUGUGUAAAAAUACAUAGGCCUUAAAAACAUAAGUUUGGCUGAAUGUUUCAAUAUGU